AUGGUAAAUAAUAAAAUAACUAUCAACAAGGACUUCACGGUGCUGCACACCGUAUGCUGCACACGCAUGCGCGCGCACGAGAACCUCGCCCCUUUAGCCGUAUCCCUCAAUGGGAUUAUCGAUCUGAAUUCAGGAAUGCAAUGCGGAUGGGUAAGCGUGGAGGCCGGUACGCAUGCCACGUUCAUUGCAGAGAAGUACAUACACGCACAUAUCCUUAAACACAAACAGAACGAGUUGUUGCGGGGGAUAUUGAGGCCUUUGGAUACACUGUACUUCAAAGGUAAGGCUAUGAAAGUUUACGAGGCAGUCGAGGACGCUUGCACGUUUGAACGAGGUGGUGUCCGCUACGCGUCCGUCACUGUCGAAACCCAUCAGCAUGAUUGCCUGGUGAUCGGCGCAGGAGGCGGUGGCCUGAGAACAACCGUGGGGCUCGUGCAGCAAAAUUUUACUGUCGCACUCGUCUCCAAGCUUUUUCCCACACGGUCUCAUACUAUCGCUGCACAAGGUGGCAUGAAUGCCUCUAUUGGUAGUAUGCACGAGGAUUAUUGGGAAUGGCAUUUCUAUGACACCGUCAAAGGAUCAGACUGGCUCGGUGAUCAGGACAGUAUACAGUACAUGACGCAAGAAGCGCCGAAGUGUGUCUACGAAUUGGAAAAUAUGGGCAUGCCAUUCUCACGGACCCAAGACGGCAAAAUUUACCAAAGGCCUUUCGGGGGCGGGAGCACGCAUUUCGGAACGAAAGUUGCCAAGCGAACGUGUUGUGUGGAAGAUCGUACAGGCCAUUCUUUACUACACACUCUCUACGGAUACCUGAUGAAAUACAAAGACAAGGUUGACAUUUUCUCGGAGUACUUCGUUCUGGACAUCUUGAUGCAGGACGGGGAGUGUGUGGGAGCGCUCGCCAUGUGUAUGGAUGACGGCAGUUUACACAGAUUCCAAGCCAAGAACACGGUAAUCGCGACAGGCGGGUACCCCAGAAUGUUCUUCUCGUGCACAGCGGCGCACACUUGCACAGGAGACGGGUGCGCGUUUGUGGCGCGGCAGCAGAUUGCGCUGCAGGAUAUGGAGUUUGUUCAAUUCCACCCAACGGGCAUGUAUGGUUCAGGCUGCCUGAUGACUGAGGGCUGCCGAGGUGAAGGGGGUUAUCUAGUGAACAGCGAAGGUCAACGCUUCAUGGAAAAGUACGCGCCCAAAGCCAAAGACUUAGCCAGCAGAGACGUUGUCUCUCGAUCCAUUGCAACGGAAAUCCGGCAAGGCAGGGGAGUCGGCCCUAAAAAAGACCACAUGCAUUUACAACUGCAUCACCUCCCGGCGGAAACCAUCAAGUCUCGGUUGCCGGGAGUCUCAGAGACUGCUUACAUCUUUACUGGCACUGAUGUGUUCACCCAACCAGUGCCAAUAAUACCCACAGUGCAUUAUACUAUGGGCGGGAUACCAAUUAAUUGGAAAGCAGAGGUGAUAACAUACACAAAUAGCUCUGGAGACUGCCCAGUACCUGGUCUGCAUGGCAUCGGGGAGGCGACCAGCAACGCGCAUGGCGCCAAUAGACUGGGUGCCAACUCCAUUCUUGACAUCACGGUUUUCGGGAAAUCCUGCGCAGUAAAUAUCGGCAAAAUCUGUAAGCCUGGGCAGAAGCAAGUGACAUUGAGAGAUAAUAUUGCCGAAUUUACUAUAGAUAAUUUUGAGACAAUAAGGAGUAAGAACGGAAGUAUCCCUAUUCACGAAUUGCGAUUGAACAUGAGGACCACAAUGCAAAGUAAAUGUGGAGUCUUCAGAGAGGCCAAGCUGCUCGAUGAAGCUGACGCCGAAAUCCAAAAAUGGUAUAGUAUGUUCAAAGACAUCAAGUUGACUGAUAAGCGCAGGAAUUGGAAUAGUGACCUCAUGGAGGCCCUGGAGCUGCAGAACAUGAUCCAAUGUGCUGUGCAAGUGGUAGCUUGCGCUAGGAAUAGAGUGGAAAGCCGAGGUGCGCACUUUAGGGACGACUUCCCGCAUAGAUUAGACGAAAUGGACUACAGUAAAUCUACCGAAGGUCAAACGCCAAAACCAAUUGAUCAGCAUUGGAGGAAACACAGCCUGAGUGUGGUGGACUUGAGCACCGGAAAAGUCACCAUCACCUUUCGGCCCGUCGUGGACAAACCCCGCACCGAUGAAGUCAAGACCGUACCCCCGAGACCUCGCGUUUAUUAAUUUAUUUUAUCUUUUAUUUAAAUUGUACAGUCCUUAUCGGAACCCCAAAUAUCUACACACUCGACUUGUGUCUACUCUUUACUGGGAGAAUAUUCGAAAUAUCUAAAAUCAACCUUAUAUUAAAUAAAUCUU